CAGGAGAGACUGGACCUCUGAGAUGGCUGGUCACAUAUCCUGUACCGGAUCAGGACCAUGGAUCAGUAGCCAUCGCUUUUCCUUCCCGAAUCGGAACCAGGACCGAACCGGGAGGGACAGAGACUCCACCACACAGAACACAACCAGUGGACAGGUGGACUGAACAACAGUCCUGGUGGUCAUCAGAGACAGAGGCUCCAGUCAGGGAUCCAGUCUGCAGCCCAGACUCUUCUCUUCACAGUCCCAGUGUAGGGAUGAAGCAGGUUCUGAGUCUGAUAGAGAGCAGGUCACACUGAACUUCAGCCUUCACCGGGAGAGGUGGGAAAGCCCCUGGUGGGAGUCUAACAGGAAGUCUGUCUUUUUCCUCAGGAUCUCGUCUAAUGCCUGGUGACUGGGUUCAUUGAAGGUCUGGACCUGGGUCUAGCCUUCCUCAGUUACCUCAUGGUUACCCCACCAAUACAGAUGAGUCAGGAUGGGCUUUCACCACGAGAGGUGCCUAGCCUAUAACACAGCACACAAUCCCAACAACGGCUAGAGGUCAAGGAGGGAGCUCAAAGACUAACCACCUGAGGGUGGUGGCUCCUGCUUGUACCUCCUCUAGUGUCAUUGGGUCACAACGUGGGAGGGCGAGUGUUAGGACGGAUGGCGACAAGUCGUACGCUUGCCCUACGUGUGGGAACCGGUUUGCCAACGCAAACAAUUUGAAGGAGCACCAGACCGUUCAUACCAAGGAAAGGCCAUUUAAGUGCAAACUAUGUUACAAGCUUUUCCUUCCUGAGUAGCCUUAGACAUAGGAGUGUCCACAACAGGGAGAUUUACAAGUUGUCCGUUUCUCUCUUUUAAAAGGUUUGUAAUCAGGUCACUUUUCCGCCAAUUAGGUUUGGUGGCGCUUCCGAAAGUGUUCUGACAAGUUGGCGCAGGCACCCAUCUAGGGUUAAAGAGAGGCUGCUGGGCGGCCGGCGGCGCUGUUGCGGCGACCGGGGCUUCCACAGGGGAGCUAGGAGCUUCUUGAACCUGCUCGCCACACUUUCGGCCACGAGCUGCUCCUUCCAGCCGGCAUGAAGAAGGAGGAGGUCGGCUGUUUGGGAGCUGACGCACCACAGGAAAGAGGCAGCUGCUUCUUUUCCUCCCCUAACUUCACGAGAUGCCCCGCUGUCUUUCUCAUGGUGUCUCCGAAGAGGCCCUUUUCAGAGAUGAGUGCAUUGAGCAAAGGGGUCUUGUCUGUCUCCUUGAUGUUAGUCAUGGAGAGCCAGAGGUGUGUCUGCGUCAUGACCAACACAGCAAUCACUUGGCCGGCGCAGACCGCCAACACUUGAGUGAUGUGGAGAGCAGCGCUGGUGAAACAUGCCACCUCUUCAAUGCCAGCCUCUGUUGCGAAUCAUCAUUCUCCCACGUCAUCCUAUAAUAAUGUGACCACAUAUGCUCCAAGCAGGCCCAGUUAUUCAAACUUAAUAGGCGCUCUGUCUUUUCUCUGAUCUGAGCGGCUAAUCGUUGUGCACCUAGAACCCAUAACGCUUCAAUAGCCCAAAGGUGAGGGAUUCGACUGGGAGCCACCCAGUGAGUAGGCCUGAAGAGAGAUCCAGAGAGGAUGAGUUUUUACUAAUGUUGGAUUUCUUGCGUUUAUGGCCAUGGUGUUCAACUGCCCCGAUGGAGCAGAAAUCACAUUAGAUAGAUGUGAUAGUCGCAGCAGCAGAGAAAUAUUUGGGUGUGAGAGAUUUUAGUGCUAUAGGUCUAUAGGGAGUUUGGAGAGAAGGGUUUUGAUCCUCCCUGCUGGCCUGGUGUAGGAUCGUUCAGGGCCAAAGUAGUGGGAUGGGGUGAUGGUUUUGGGGGAUAGUGUGUAGGUGCAGGGUUGGUCCAUUACUAUUUCACUUUUUUGUGUGACCAAAAAUGUGCAAUCCGCAUUCCGACCUGUGAAAGGCAGCAAUGGGCAACACAUCGUCUCGUCUGCCGGAAAUUCACACAAAGUAGUAAACGGAAGUGAACCGUGACCAAGAACACUUACGUUUGCGUUUUGUUUUUAUUUAGACGUACAUUAUAACCCUGUAACUCAAAAUAUCACAUACUUCCUCCAUGUAGUGUUUAAUUCGCGUUGGAGACAAGACUUGGUUGAUAGAUGUUAUCUAAUUAAUGCUAACUAGCUAGCCGCUAAGAAUGGCUAACUGUAACGUAAUGGUUUUUCACACUCAAAUAGCUUCCAUAAUGGAGGUGCUAGCGAACUCAGCCGUGGCAGAGAUCUGUAAACUCGUAGACGACGACUAUGCAGUGUUUCGUUUGGAAAUUUCUCAAAGUCAGAAAGAAAACAGGGCUUUGCGGAGGAAACUACAGCUACAAGAACUGAAGGUAUCACGGGAGCGCGCACUUGCCAGUCGUCCCAGUGGUAUCAAGAUCCUCGAUCGAUACAGAGGAAUGGCAAGAGGUGAAGGACAUCUCACUGGAGGCCACAGAAGUUUUGUGAAGCCAGCGGGAUGCAAUACAUGGAGAGAUGACCAACCAAUCACGGUUGUUGAGGGAAGUGGAACCUCAUCCCAGCAUGUUAUUGUGAUAGAGUCUGCAGAUGCAGAGGCUGCAGGUCCUGGGGUCAAGCAGGAGAGAUCUGCAGGAGAGGAGGACCCACGGUACUGCAGAGAUAUCCAGACUGAAGCGCCCCCUGUAGCCACAGAAUACCCUGUCAUCACCCCAGCACUGCCCAGGACUCGACACAGCAUCACGGAGGAGGAGGGUCCAGAGGUACUGCUGGUGAAGGAGGAGGGGUAUGAGGAGGGUCUGGGGAACCCUGAGGGAACAAUGGACAUGGAGGACAACCAGACUACACCUCCUCCUGAACCCACAGAGGAACCAGCUGAGCAGCACAGGACCACACACAGUCUAACUGAGUCAGUAGACAUGGAGGAUGGGAAGCCUGAUCUGCUGCUGGUCAAAGAGGAGACAAUAGAAGAUGGACCAGAGAGCAUUGACCUGCUGAGUGGACUAAAGAUGGGGGAGCAAGGUGGUUGGCUAGAGGCUAAUAGAGGAGACUGGGCGACCAUCUUGGAUUCCCAGACAGAUGCAGCCAAGGGCCCAGGGAACAUCAUCACUGAGCAGGCCACAACCAGAGGUGACUUGGUGGAGUCUGCAGUCAAUGAGGACCAGCUGAUAUCCAGUGUUACUGGAAGGAGAGACUGGAUCUCUGAGGUGGCUGGACACAAACCCUGGCCCCGGAUCAGGACACUGGAUCAGGAGCCGUCACAGUUCCUUCUUGAGUCGGAACCAGGUCCCAACCACGAGGGACAGAGACUCCACCACCACACAGAACACAACCAGUGGACAGGUAGACUGAACAACCUCAGUCCUGGGGGUCAUCAGAGAGACAGAGGCUCCAGUCAGGGAUCCAGUCUGCAGCCCAGACCCUUCUCUUCACAGUCUCAGUGCAGGGAUGAAGCAGGGCCUGGGGCUGAUAGAGAUAGACCCUCCUGUUCCUAUGAUACAAAUACCACAGUAUCCAUGAUGAACAGAGCAGGUUACCCUGGGCUUCAGCAUUCACAGAGAGCAGUGGGAGAUGCCCCUGGUGGUAGUCUAUCAGCAAGUCUGUCUUCUCCUUCAGGGUCUCAUCUAAUGCCUGGUGACUGGAUUCAUAGACAGCCUGGACCUGGGUCCAGCCUUCCUGGUGAUGGUUACCCCACAAAUACAGACAGGGUCAGGAUGGGCGUUCAUCACAAGAGGUACCUAGCCUAUAACACGGCAAACAAUCUCAACAACACCCAAACAAUGGCUAGAGGUCAAGGAGGGAGCUCAAAGACUAACCACCUGAGGGCGGUGGCUCUUGCUUCUAUCUCCUCUGGUGUCAUUGGGUCACAACGUGAGAGGCCGAGCAUUAGUACCGACGCCGACAAGCCCUACUCCUGCCCCACGUGUGGGAAGUGCUUCGCUAGGGCAAACUAUUUGAAGGAGCACCAGACCGUUCACACCAAGGAGAGGCCCUUCAAGUGCAAACUAUGUUACAAGAGCUUCUCCUUCCUGACUAACCUUACCAGACAUAAGAGUGUCCACAACGGGAAAAAAUUGUAGCAGUGUGGUUUGAGGUGUACACAGAGGGAUGUCUGGGAAUUAUUCUUCAGCUGACAUAUUAUAGUUAUCAUGUGAAGUGUCUUGGGAUAAGAAGGUAGUUAAACCACAUACCCCUCAUUAACCCUUUAUUAACAUGUCUUGUUCUGAAGCAACGUGUUGAAGUUGCCUGAAGGAAACGUGAAGUCAACUGUGAAAGACAAGCAGGAAGGGUUAGUUACAUGCAUGAGAGAACCAAUGGGCAGCCACGGGAGGAGAUCGUUGAUGUCACUCGCUCUCGGAGCUGCGGGGUCUUUUCCUCUGCUGAGGGGGAGACAAAAGGGCCAGCUGAGGGGGACCUAUUGGACUGGUGCUCACCCCUGCCCCUCCGUAUCCAGCGUCUCUGUUCUCAGGGGGACGGUCUGGCCUCUUGGGGGGUCCGACCAUUUUGCGGUUCUUCUUGGAACAUAUCCAGGCUGUUUCACAUCCGGCCGUGAUUGGGAGUCCCAUAGUGCGGCGCACAAUUGGCCAAGCGUUGUCCGGGUUUGGCCGGGGUAGGCCGUCAUUGUAAAUAAUAAUUUGUUCUUAACUGACUUGCCUAGUUCAAUAAAUUAUAUAUAUAUUUUUUAAAUGAAACGUGCUUUUAGUUUUUAGUGAUUGUAAACCUAGGCUAGAACAAGGACAGUUGCAUAUUUACCUUACUGAGGUGAUGUAGAUAGCAAGAAUAGAGUAGAAUGACUAUUCUAACACACUGUUCGUUCUAAACAAAUCUGCUCUCAGCUUCAAAGAUACUAAUCAUAGGAGAUUUUGUGUAAUCAGUGGUGGAAAAAGUACCCAAAAAUCAUACUUGAGUAAAAGUAAAGAUACCUUAAUAGAAAAUGACUCAAGUAAAAGGCACCCAGUAAAAUUCUACUUGAGUGAAAGUAUGAAGGUAUUUGGUUUAAAAUAUACUUAAGUAUAAAUCAUUUCAAAUUCCUUAUAUUAAGCUAAACAGAUGGCACAAUUUUCUUGUUUUUAAUUGAAAUACGGAAAGCCACAGGAACACUCCAACAUUCAGACAUAGUUUACAAACAAACCAUGUGUGUUUAGUGAGUCCGCCAGAUCAGAGGCAGUAGGGAUGACCAGGGAUGUUCAGUUGAUAAGUGCGUGAAUUUGACCGACUAUUUUCCUGUCCUGCUAAGCAUUCAAAAUGUAACGAGUACUUUUGGGUGUCAAGGAAAAUGUAUGGAGUAAAAAGUGCCUUUGUUGCAUUUAAUCACAAUUUUAUUUCAGCGGGCUAUCUCUUUGAAAUAACUUCUCAGCCUAUUCACAAUAAUAUUGGGCUGAAUGCUGAUAGGGGAAACUUGCUGAAUGAUCAGAGAAAGGAUAGUCAAAGCUUUUCUUUUAGACUAUUUACAGAAAAAUAAGUCCUGGGUGCUUUGCUGGCAAUCGACAACAAGAAAUCCACAGGGGCCAACCAAUUGGAUCCAGGUCUACUUAGGUUUGCAGCGCCCAUCAUUGUUGGCUCAAUAACCAACAGUUUUUAUUUAACGUUUAUCGGGAAAUAUUACACAAGUAUGUAAAUCAGCUCUUGUGCCAGGAUAGUAGUUAUCUUAAUAUCACCCAAUUUCAAGCUUCCUUGUCUAGCUAAGAUUCUUGAAUCCUUGGUAAAUGUACAACUUUGCUAUUUUCUAUCUGAGAAAUGUAUUUUGAAUGUAAACCAAUCAGGGUUUAGGCCUGGGCAGAGCACUAUUACAGCAACUACUUUAGUUAUGGAUCUUGUCAAUGCUUUAGACACAAAUGAAUGUGCUGCUUUGUUUGUGGACCUGUCAAAAGCUUUUGACACUGUUGAUUAUGCCAUUUUAUUGAAUAAGUUGUCAUCGAUAGGCCUGAGUUCUGAUGCCUGGUUAUCUUAGUGACAGAACUCAGGCCAUCGUGAUUGAUUAAGUCUGAAUUUCUUUGAGGUACAUAAGGUGUACGUGCCACAGGAGUCGAUUUUGGGACCUGUAUUCUUCACUAUUUAUAUAAACACCAUUGAUAAAUCUGUUAAGUUGUCAACUUCAUCUAUAUGCAGAUGAUACUAUUGUUUAUGCUAUUGCCCCAACUGUUGAUCUGGCUGUGUCAAAACUACGGUCAAACUUUAUAGCUAUGCAGGAAUCCCUUGCUGAUUUAAAACAUGUGCUUAAUAUGGGCAAAUACAGUGCAUUCGGAAAGUAUUCAGACCCUUAGACUUUUUCCACAUUUUGUUACAGCCUUAAUCUAAAAUGGAUUAAAUAAAACAAAUUCCUCAGCAAUCUACACACAAUACCCAAUAAUGACGAAGCGAAAAGAGGUAUUUGGACAUUUUUGCUAAUUUAUUACAAAUAAAAAAACAUACCUUAUGUAAAUAAGUAUUCAGACCCUUUCCUAUGGGACUAGAAAUUGAGCUCAGCUAAAUCCUGUUUUCAUUGAUCAUCCUUGAUGUUUCUACAAAGGCACCUAAAGACUCAGACCAUGAGGAAAAAAUAUGGUCUCUGGUAUGAUGAAACCAAGAUUGAGCUCUUUAGCCUGAAUACCAAGUGUCACAUCUGGAGGAAACCUGGCAUCAUCCCUACAGUGAAGCAUGGUGGUGGCAGCAUCAUGCUAGUGGUUAUGUUUUUCAGCGGCAGGGACUUGGAUACUAGUCAGGAUCGAGGUAAAGAUGAACGAAGCAAAGUACGGUGAGAUCCUUGAUGAAAGCCUGCUCAGGACCUCAGACUGGGGUGAAGAUUCACCUUCCAACAGGACAAUGACCCUAAGCACACAGCCAAGACAACGCGGGAGUGGCUCGGGACAAGUCUCCGAAUGUCCUUGAGUGGUCCAGCCAGAGGCCAGACUUGAACCCGAUCAAACAUCUCUGGAGAGACCUAAAAAUAGCUGUGCAGUGACGCUCCCCAUCCAACCUGACAGAGCUUGAGAAGAAUGGGAGAAAUCCCCCAAAUACAGGUGUGCCAAGCUUGUAGCGUUACAGUAUACCCAAGAAGACUCGAAGCUGUAAUUGCUGCCAAAGGUGCUUCAACAAAGUACUGAGUAAAGGGUCAGAGUACUUAUGUAAAUGUCAUAUUUCUGUUUUUUUAUUUUUAAUAAAUUAGCAAAAUGUUCUAAUACAUUUUAGAAUAAGGCUGUAACCUAACAAAAUGUGGAAAAAGGCAUAUCCUCAGAUAUAUACAUCAGACACACUUUAAAACAAACUUCCUUUUGAUUGAUUGAUUUUUUCACAGCUUUUAUGUAAGAACCAGCUUAGACUCUUAAGGAUUUUAGAACCUCAUCCGUCGCCCCGUUUGACCUUGAGACUUGAUACUUUGUAUGUAGGUGUCUUUCCUGAUGCUGAACAAAUUUGCCUCAAGGAUCCAUAAGAUCUGUCAGGAUAGAUUUUCCUCCAUCUUAGACAUUUUGGAAAACGUCUUCUCAUGAACCAUAACAAAAGCUAAAGGAUUUGUUAAGAAAUGGCUGAAUUAUUAAUAAAUCAGGAAAUCAGAUUUGACAUGUCUUUUUAAAUUAUUUGUAAAUCUACUCCACAAUAGUUUAUCAACUUUUUACCAUGAUGAACCAUGUUAAGUUUGGCAUUGAUGUCUUUUUUUACUAUAACGCUAAUGCCUAAAAUAAUAUUCUCAUGAACUAAAAGCCAGAUUCACUCCAAAUUCGGUUCCUAUAGUUUGAGAAAAUGUUGACGCAUUCAAAGAUGGCCACACUACCAGUAGAUGCACAUAUGCUAAUCUGAUUUUACAUGUCUAUGUAAACCACUGUAAAUCCACUCCACAGUGGCCUAAUAACUUGACUUGUAAUCACUAUCAUGGAUGUCCCUAAGAUAAACCAUACUGAACUUGGUAUUGAUCUUUUUUUUUUACUAGGAAAAUAUGACCAAAUCUUUGCAUAUGUAAUGCUCAAUAUCCCUCCCAUUACUUUAUUUCAACAUAGGAUAGCAGCCUACAAAAUAUAUAACCAAUACUGAUAACCAUCUACAUGUCAUCGUGAUACAUACAUAUGUACAGUCCAGUGGGGGCUCCUCAGGGAAGGACCAUCCUACUCGGUCAAUUUCAUUAAAAAGUUGUCCUUUUUAGAUUAAACUAUGCUAAAUAUAUUAACGUCACCAAAUAACUGAUUAAAACGCACUGUUUUGCAGUGAAGGUCUACGGUAACCUUAACAGCACACUCUGGGGUAGCACCAUGGUGUAGCCGGAGGACAGCAAUUUUUCGCCCUCCUCUGGGUGCAUUGACUACAAUACAAAACCUUGGAGGCUCAUGGUUCUCAGCCCUUUCCAUAGACUUACACAGUAAUUAUAACGACUUCCGGAGGACGUCCUCCAACCUACCAGAGCUUUUGCAGGAUGAACUGACAUGUUGUCAACCCAAUCAAAGGAUCAGAGAAUGAAUCUAGUACUGAAAGCAUAAGCUACAGCUAGCUAGUGCUGCAGUGCAUAAAAUGUUGUGAGUAGUUGACUCAAAGACAAUAGUUGAACAGUUUUGAACAAAUAAAUCUCUUAAAUUAAGGAGAAGCAGCAGAGCGAGAGCUGGCUAUAUUUCGUUGUCUUUUUUCCACUUUUACUAACUUAGCUAGCUAGUGCAGCGAGCUAAUUUAGCCUACUCAAACCGAGAAGAAUGCUAUUGUGUUAGCUAGCUGGCUAAGGCUAUCCAACAGAACUCUUCCAAGUCAAGGUAAGCUUCGGAUUAAGUAAUUUAUUGCCACGCAGCCCGCCGGUGAAACUGCUAAACUGCUUGCUGUACACUGUAAUGCGUGAUUGUUGCGGGUUUACUAACGCGUUAGUUCUAGUAGCUUUGUUGACUAUGACGUUAGCUAAUAUUGUGACAUUGACAACAAUGUGGGCUGUGUGUAGCGGUUAUGGUAUGAUGGUUUGGCUUGGAAAGGUUUUUUCAUCUGGUCACAGAUAGCUGUUGUGUUGUGCACUGAAGUCCACAAGUGAAGGGAAAAGGUGAGAGGAGGAGAGCAUGUAGAUGUGAGAAGGAAUUAUACAAUGAGCAAAAUGAUUACGCUGUUUGUAUGUGGCUGCUAUGAAGGUGAACUGUGUGUGCAGGUGAUCACGGGUGUAUUCAUUCUGCCAAUUUUGUUGAAAAACAUUUCUUAAACAGAACGAAACAGGGAUAAACCUACCUGAAUUUGUCCAAUAGAAACUCGUUUCCAACUUGGACUAAUGAAGAAAAAAAAUGGUUGGACUAAUGGUUACAACCUAGAUCAGCUAGAUGUAGGCAAGAGUGUGCACGGUGGUAUUGAAUGUGGCACUGGGUCACCUUGAUUACAACAAUUUGUCUCUCGACCUGUGCACCUAGGUUAUAAACUUUUAUUCGUAGGCUAGGUUGUAGCAACCUCCAUGAUGGGUAUAGGGAAAAUUUCUAGUUUCAUGUAGUAGCCGAAACCUAUCGAUGUUACAUUGAGCUAGGUGAAUGGAAGAUGAAUGACAGUCAUCCAAUAUGCUGUAAUAGAAAUAAGGCCAUGGUCAUAAAAUAAAAUUGUCCUCCCUAAUCUUAAAUGGCUGCGAACUGCAACAACACCGGGACACAAUGCCCUUCUCCUGCUUGACAAGCAAUACUGUGUGGGAAGUAGCUACCUAGUAGUACACACAUACAACGCAUGAAGUAACAGUACACCCAUCAAUCGUCAGUUUUAUAACUUAACAUUUAAAAAUUAUUUGUGUAGAACUAACAGUGAAAUACAACUCAUUCUCUGGCUUCAAAACAGAAGACCAAACUAUCACGGUACAGUAGCUCAUUGUACGGUAGUUGCAUGGUAAGAAACAGAAAAAGAAAAAACACUGCUCAAUCAAAGCUCAGACUUUGCUGAGAUAGCCAAGUGCAUUUUAUCUUUGUGUGAUCCGUACUGAUAGUAUAAAUAUGCUGAGGGGGAAGUACCUCCUCAGAGCUUCUGACUAACUUGUGCUGUUUGUCUGUAAUCUCUUUGCUGGCGGGAAUAAACAAAUUAAUUUAA